GUUAGUAUUCAAAUGUUUAAUAAAUGCUAUCUUUAAAAAUUAGCUACUAGUAAGUAGUAAGGAAAAAUUAACAAGAUGCAAACAUUCAUUAGUGAGCAUUUGAAUCUUAGGGCAACAAAAUAAGAUAUUUUUAAACAUGAAUGUGGUGUAUUACAUCUAUGCCAAUCCCACUAAUGCUGUUAUUUUGCUUACUUUAGAAUGGCGGGUAGUGGGAACAUGUAGAAGAUCAUUGUAGCAUUCCUGUAGCAUUCUGCCUACCAGCUUGUCCCAUUCUACAUUUUUUCUGUAGCGAGUUGUUGAAUAAUAUAAUAAAUCUAAAGUGCUCACAAAAGAAAUUACAAAUUCAAUUUGAAAUUAAAGUAAAAGUUUUAAAACAUUGCUAGUUUUGAAGAACUGGAGUACUACUUUAUUCAUAUUCUUGGCAAGGUAUCAGUUACAUUAUAAGGAUAUUUGUUAUGUUAUAGAAAAUAAUUUUGUUGUAGAUUUUAAGAAAUAUAUAUUUAGUUUAAAAAGUUAUACAUUGUUUCAUUCCAUCUCCAAUAAUUCUGUAGAUCAGACAUUGGCCUGGUUCACAUGGGUGGCAUGGCAGCUGGUGCCCCCUGGUUCACAUCUAUCUUUCUCACCAACCAGAGGAUAAUGAGCAAAAGUUAUCACCAUAUAAUGAAAAAUCUAAGGGGUCUUUCUUGGUAUCAGAAUGGACGAAGACGCUGAGGGUAGCUGUUAUAACCAAGCUGACUGGUCUAAUACAUAGGCAAGAAGGAAAUAACAACUUGGUGCUUUAUGAUUAUUACUGAAUUAAGAUAUUAAUGAUCUUCUGCAGAGAAUACAUUUUGAAGGCUCUUCCCAAGUUGCUCCUUCUGGAACCUGUCAUUUAGAACAUUGCCAUUUAUCAUCCAGAAAAGUAUAAACGUGCAGACGUACAAAUGUCUACCACAAGACUAAAGUGUGAUAUGUUAUGUUCUUUACCAUAAGCACCCAUAAAAUGAGCUCCAUUGCAGACAGAGAUGAUGGUAGCAUUUUUGAUGGUCUCGUGGAAGAAGAUGACAAGGAUAAAGCGAAGAGGGUGUCAAGAAACAAGUCUGAAAAGAAACGCAGAGAUCAGUUUAAUGUACUCAUCAAAGAACUGGGAUCCAUGCUUCCGGGCAAUGCUCGGAAGAUGGACAAAUCUACUGUACUGCAGAAGAGCAUUGAUUUCUUACAGAAGCACAAAGAGAUCACUGCCCAAUCAGAUGCCAGUGAAAUCCGACAGGACUGGAAACCCACAUUCCUUAGUAAUGAAGAAUUCACUCAGUUAAUGUUAGAGGCUCUUGAUGGUUUUUUCUUAGCAAUCAUGACAGAUGGAAGUAUAAUAUAUGUAUCAGAAAGUGUAACCCCCUUACUUGAACACUUGCCAUCUGACCUUGUGGAUCAGAGUAUAUUUAAUUUUGUCCCGGAGGGGGAGCAUUCAGAGGUUUAUAAAAUACUGUCUACUCAUCUGUUGGAAAGUGAUUCGUUGACCCCAGAAUAUUUAAAAUCAAAAAACCAACAAGAGUUCUGUUGCCAUAUGCUCCGAGGGACAAUAGACCCCAAAGAGCCACCUACAUAUGAAUAUGUAAAAUUUAUAGGAAACUUCAAGUCAUUGAGUAACAUGUCUAACUCUGCGCAUAAUGGUUAUGAAGGAACCAUUCAGCGAUCACAUAGGCCUUCUUAUGAAGACAGAGUUUGUUUUGUAGCUACAGUCAGGUUAGCUACACCUCAGUUUAUCAAGGAAAUGAGCACUGUUGAAGAACCCAAUGAAGAGUUCACCUCUAGACAUAGCUUAGAAUGGAAGUUCCUUUUCUUGGAUCACAGGGCACCACCAAUAAUAGGUUAUUUACCAUUUGAAGUGUUGGGGACAUCAGGCUAUGAUUAUUAUCAUGUUGAUGACCUAGAAAACCUGGCAAAAUGUCAUGAACACUUAAUGCAAUAUGGAAAAGGGAAAUCCUGCUAUUACAGAUUCCUCACAAAGGGUCAACAGUGGAUUUGGUUGCAGACUCAUUACUAUAUCACUUACCAUCAGUGGAAUUCUAGACCAGAGUUCAUCGUAUGUACACACACAGUAGUAAGUUAUGCAGAGGUUCGAGCAGAAAGGCGGCGUGAACUUGGUAUUGAAGAGUCUCUACCAGAAAUAGCUGCAGAUAAAAGUCAAGACUCUGGUUCUGAGAAUCAUAUAAGCACAGUAAGCCUCAAAGAAGCUUUGGAGAGAUUUGAUCACAGCCCUACACCUUCUUCUGCCUCCAGGAGUUCAAGGAAAUCUUCUCACACUGCAGUUUCAGACCCUUCUUCAACGCCAACGAAGAUGACAAUGGAUACUAGCACUCCUCCAAGGCAAAAUUUAUCCAGUCUUGAAAAGUCUGCACAAAGGAGGGCAUCGCUUGGUAAUCAGUCUUUAAAUUCACAAUCUAUUGGACAACCUUUAGCGCAGCCAAUGAUGUCCCAGCCUGCAUCUUUACAGAUUCAGCAAGGCAUGUCUCAGCCUAUGCUUCAGUUUUCUGCUCAGUUAGGAGCUAUGCAGCACUUAAAGGACCAAUUGGAGCAAAGAACACGAAUGAUAGAAGCAAACAUUCAUCGGCAACAAGAAGAACUGCGUAAGAUUCAGGAACAACUCCAAAUGGUCCAUGGGCAAGGACUUCAGAUGUUCUUGCAGCAGUCAACUCCUGGAUUAAACUUUGGUUCUGUUCAGCUGACUCCUGGAAACCCAUCAAAUAUUCAGCAGAUUACACCAAUAAAUAUGCAAGGUCAAGUUGUUCAAACUAAUCAAAUCCAAGGUGGCAUGAACACUGGGCAUAUUGGUGCUCAACACAUGAUACAGCAACAGCCUUUGCAAAGUACUACCCAACAGCAUAAUCAACAAAAUAUUCUCAGUGGGCACAGUCAGCAGACUUCUCUUUCUACGCCAUCUCAGAGCACACUGUCAGCCCCCUUGUAUAACACUAUGGUGAUUUCCCAGCCGGCUACAGGGAACAUGGUCCAGAUCCCUUCUAAUUUGCCACCAAGUAAUAACCAGAAUGCUGCUAUUACCACAUUUACCCAAGACAGACAAAUCAGAUUUCCGCAGGGACAGCAGCUUGUAACAAAGUUAGUCACUGCCCCUGUAGCUUGCGGAGCAGUUAUGGUACCAAGUACUAUGUUUAUGGGACAGGUGGUGACUGCUUAUCCCACUUUUGCUGCACAACAGCAGCAGCCACAGACGUUAUCAAUAACACAGCAGCAGCAGCAGCAGCAGCAGCAGGAGCAGCAGCAGCAGCAACAACAACAGCAGCAGCAGCAGCAGCAGCAACAGCAACAGCAGCAGCAACAACAGCAGCAGCAGCAGCAGCAGCAGCAGCAGCAGCAGCAACUCACUGCAGUUCAGCAACCUGCUCAAACUCCGCUGACCCAGCACCCACAACAGUUCUUGCAGACCUCCAGGUUGCUUCAUGGAAAUCAGUCAACUCAGCUUAUUCUCUCUGCUGCUUUUCCACUACAACAAAGCACUUUUACCCAGUCACACCACCAGCAACAUCAGUCGCAACAGCAGCAGCAGCAGCAGCAGCAGCACCAACAGCAACAAAUUUCACGACACAGAACUGACAGCAUGACAGAGGUUUCCAAAAUUCAGCCGCGGUAGCAUGGAGGCUCUUGCUUCCAGGAGCAAUGCAGAGGAGUAGCUGCUCCGUUAACAGUUGCCCUGGUGUUAGAGAAAGAAGCCUACAGACUUUGUGAAGUGCAGUAUUGAAUAUUUUUCUAACCGCUUGGAAUGUGUGUGCUGAGGAAAACAAAGCAAAAUGCUGUUGGAGGUAUAUUAGGUAUAAAUCUGCAAAAAAGAUGAUGGGGACAGGGACAUGGCUACCUUUGAGAGGAACCUAGUUACUCUGGUUUCUGUGUUUUGUUUUUCCUUCAAAGGCAUGCACUGCCAUCAGUUAACUUGUCCAGAUCAAGUCUCAAAAUGUUCAGUGGACUAAAUAGGGCACUUAAAUAUCUUGAUGUUUUUAGCAAUUUUCUCAGAUUAAGUGUUACAAUGGACAUGCUGUCAUGACAGCAGUUGGUUUUUUUUUUUAAAUUGUUUGCCUGCAAUUAUGCUCCAAAAGGAAGUUAAUUUUUUCACAUUUUGGGACAGUAAAUAUUUUCAAAAUAUUGUGUGGAAUCAGUCUUCAUUGUACAGAUACUGUAAAAUACUAUGUAUAUGUCUGGAUACAAGGUGAGAGAGCAGAAUAUUUUAUAUGAUGCAUGAAACUGUUUUGAAUAUGUUUCCCCCCUACAUUUUCACACAAUGCUCAGAUUACUAUUUUCAUCCGUUUAUACUUGUUUGUCUUCUACAUCAUGCUCCAUCAUUUAUUCUCACCUGUAUUGUGGGCACAAGUCUUCUGUUUGUGCUUUAUGUGUGAUUGUCGGAGUUAGUUCAAUGAGGUAAUAUAGUGUGCUGGUUUGUGGAAGUUUUGCAGUUAAAUUAUUGAUGAAACUCUUUGAACUUGUGGGGGGUUCAAGGCAUUAAGAUUCAUAUAUAUCAUUUGUCAUUUCAUAAAUACUCAAAUUUUUUUCUUUGGGGAAAAAAUAGGAAUUUGCACUGCUCUAUUGUGGAUGGUUUGGAAUUUUACUCCCCCAAAGCUAUCUUUUGAUAUAAUACAUAGUUGGAAAUAUUUAUGUAAAAAAAAAUAAGGUUUAAAAAUAUGAAAGUAAUUUUCAAGAAUGUCUCAAAUAUAGGAGUAAUUUGCACAGAAAAAUAUAUUUGAAUUUAAUAAUUGUAGGCACUUUUUAACCUCUGUGGUGAGAAAUACAACUUCUCAGAAUUUGUUGGAAUCUUUUUAUUCUUCUUUGAACAUUUUGACCUUCAUUUAAUCAGAAAUGAUUCAGGGUCAUUUGAAAAAACAAAAACAAAAAAACCCCAUAGUGCCUUGAUUUUGAUUCAGGUGAUAGUGUUAAACAUCUCUAAUUACAUUAUAUGGAAUUUGUGACCAUUUUUGAAGUCUUAGUACAUUGUUAACAAAGCAUCCUUCAUAGCUGUUUCUCCACUGUAUUUGUAUAUAUAUAUAGAGAGAGAGAAUAAUACAAAUUGGGGUAUGAAGUUCUGAAUUUUUGGCACACCCCUUUUUAACCAUACAUCAUGUAAUGACUUACUUUUGAAGUAUUCGUUUACCAAGAAAUUAAGUUCUUUUAAAUGAUAGCAAAACAGAAUUGCAUAGUAAUCAAGUAUAAUCACUUUGUAAGGUGGCUCAAAUUCAAAUUUACUGAAAUUUAAUGGGAAAAUAGAUUAAAGAUCAUGAGGGCCCCAGCUUCCAAAAGGGAUAUUGAUGCACUAAGACUUCAGAUGGCAAGUUCACUUAAUAAAGUUAAUAAAAAGAUUCAACUGAAAUUCUGUACAGUUUUAAAAGUAAACACUGAGUAGAUUUUAUGGUACUAGAUUUAAAAUCCACAUCUGCAGAGCAAAAUAUGUUUUAAUACAAAGAUAGAUUGAUUAGUUCAAAGAAGAAGAAUCUGAUUGUAAUGAAGGAAUAUCAGAGUCAAGAAAGAUGGAGUAUUAUAGAGGAGCUUUAUUAAUGUAACCAAAGUAUGGCGAGAUGCUAAGAAUGUAAUGCUGGGUUAGCAAAGCCAACACCAUAGUAGCAAAUGAUAGCAGAAUUUUAUCUUUGAGACUAACUCUUAAAGAGUCGUUUUCAUUGCCAUAGUCUUGCAUGAUCCUCCCGUGACACACCACAAUCAGUAGUCUAACACUAGAACCAUAAUAACAGGAGUCAAAGUUUUAAGAAACAAAGAACCAAAGAAUUGGACUAGUUUCUGUUCCCUCUUGGCAGCAACUGGAAACCAGUAGGUCACUUGUCUAGGAAAUCUCCUAGCUAUAUUCUUUAAAGGGACUUUAUGGCAUGCCCUAAACUAGUCUCAAAGAAAUGCACAUUGUGGGAAAGUAGUCGCAUUAACUUAAUUGCAGAUAGCUUUUGUCUUGCCAUACCAAUGCUGCUUGUAAUUCCAAAUUAGGCUGUGUUGAUCAAAGGUCCAUGCUUUAAUGGCAUUGUUUUAGUGAAUAGGCAUCCUCUUGGGCUUUAAGCUAUUUACAACAGAAACAACAAUAAUAGCACUGAAUGAGAAAAUCAGGGGAGCUUUCAUUGUGCUCACAGGACAGGACAGCAAGGCUUUUGUAUAUGGAGUUACUGGGAGUGCAGAGCAUAAUCACUGGACUUUUUUAUUUGAUACCAACCUCCUUUUGACUGUUCCUUGGGGGGGAAUUGCCGCUUGUGGUAGACGUGAGGUUUCUGUAAUGAGACUUCCAGGAGGUUGCUGUGAAAGUUAGAUAGUGGAGAAACGCCGAGAAACUAGAAAACGAUGGCUAAAGUUUUAAGAAACAGGACUUAACGACCACACCUUGGGCAGUCUUAACUGAAAGAGGCCAGAAACAAAAACCUCAAGGGGAAGGAUUUCUAUCAGCCGCGAUGCUUUUUCUCUGGUGUUGCUGGUUACUCAGAAAUGUUCGAUAUCAUUUCCCACUUACCGUAUUUUUUGCUCUAUAAGACUCACUUUUUCCCUCCUAUAAAGUAAGGGGAAAUGUGUGUGCGUCUUAUGGAGCGAAUGCAGGCUGCGAAGCUGUCCCAGAAGCCAGAACAGCAAGAGGGAUUGCUGCUUUCACUGCGCAGUGAUCCCUCUUGCUGUUCUGGCUUCUGAGAUUCAGAAUAAUUUUUUUCUUGUUUUCCUCCUCCAAAAACUAGGUGCGUCUUGUGGUCUGGUGCAUCUUAUAGAGCGAAAAAUAUGGUAAAUAACGGGGAGAUGGCUCGUGUUAAUGCUGCUUUCACAAGGCUGGUCUUAAUCCCAGUAGUUGCUAUAGGACUGAGUGCUCUGCUAUCUUGAAUUCAAUGUGGCCAAAUGUCUCUGUUUGGGAAGAAAGGGUGGGUGGGCAUGGGGACUUGUAAGUGAAUGUUGCGCUAAUGAAAUAGCGCUAACACAACCACACCAUAACCAGCACUUAAGUAUGACAGAGUGCUGCUGAAAAAGAGAAAAUGCAGUUUAGGGUUGCUUGCAUUGGGGGAGGGGCGAGGGAAGACGAUUUAAAAAUGGGUCUCUAGAGGGAAUUGUAUAAAUAUUUUUAUAUUAUAUUUAAUAUAUAUACUAUAUUUGUACACAUAUUAAAAGAUUAUAGUCAGAGCUCUCCAUAUGCCUUCCAUUACUUUUACCUAGAAGUUUACUGGCUGGGGCUGGGGCUCCAGUGUAUCACAAAACUUCUGCAGGCUGCUUGCCUGCUGCCAACUGACAACAAAAAUGACCCAACAACCAGAUUAACAAGUACAAAGCUGUUGGUCGUCCUAAUUCAGUUAGAUGCUUAAGGCCAUAUAUGAUCAGUAAGCCCCUGGGGGUUCCCAAUAGAAAGGGUAACAACUGUUUUGAGCAAGGGGAGGAAUGUUGUCACUGGCCUUUGCACUCUUCUGGCCAAGAGAGCAGCCCUGAAGUGUGUUUAUGUUUUUGGACCUUGAAAGACCGGCAAGUCAAAUCUGUUUGUUUGUUUCUCUGAAGUGCCAUGCUCUUAUCCUCUCCAAGGUGGGUCGCCCUUGUUUCAUACUUGAGUAUCCUAUUGAAUUAGGGUAGAAAGAUGUGUGCAGAUGAAAGCACUUUAUUGAGGGGGGUCGGGGGCCUCAUUCGGAAUGCAGUUUAUUAUUUUUAGGCAAUGGAACUGUUCACUAUGGGGGGGUGUCCAAAGGAAUCGGAAUGUAGACUAUUGUCAAAAAGAGGCAUUGCUGGAAAAUGUUUCUCAAUAUGGGGAUCCUUUGAGACUAUGAACACAAGCUUAUGCAGGCAUCUGAUACUGGAUGGUUUUGUGGGAAACAGAUAAAUCUACACACUUAAGCUCUUUGAAGAGCUGUUUUUUUAAAAAAAAUAAUGUUGCACAAUUGUCGGAGAGAUAUCAACAGGAGGCUUGUUAGAGCCUUUAAAAUGAUUCUAAGUGGUCCUUAGGAUUAAAAUGUGUAGAGGGUUUACAGAUGUGGCCUUCAGUAGACUGCUUCAGUCACAAUUAUAGAAUAGUUUGUAUUUUUAGAGAGAACAGGGUUUUUUCGUGUGUGGGUUUUAUUUUUUUAACGUUAUGGUGUCAUGUGCUGUCUGCAUGUGUGUCAAACGCAUAAAUCGUCUCCAUUGGAAAUUUCUUGCUGAAACAUUGUAUGUAGUGGGAAGAGCGGCUUGGCAGGAGCAGCUUGGAUUUCAAAGGGAGGAAAAGUUUUUCUUUUUCUUUCCUUUCUCCCCCUUACCAGUAAAAAGCGUUGGAGACAUUUUUUAAUGAACCGAAGUAUAUAGAGAUGUCUGAAAAUGAAUGUUGAUUGGCUCAUAAAUAAAUGAGGCAAGCGUCGAAAUAAGAUUUUUUAAAAUUUAAUUUGGUUGUUUAUGAAACUGGGUAGUUUAUUUGUCAAUAUAUAUUUUUUUAACACUACAUUCCUCUGUCUUUUAAUAAACAAGUACUUUACAGUCAGUGUUGCUAUGCUUCAUGCUUUUUCAUCUGCAUGGGUGUUGCCAGCAGCAUGAUAGGCUAUAUUGCUUAAAGAUAUUGUAUCUACCAGUAACACACACAAGCAAAACAAAACACUGUGUAUGAACAAAAUACUGUGUUGCCUGAUCUACAGAUCCCAGCUCUGACCGAGAGGUGCUGCACUAGUAGACAAUCAAAAACUAGGGAAGACUUUGGGAGGGGGGAGGGAUGUUCUUAAAGAUACAGCUGCUUUGAAAGUGUUUUUUAUUCUUAAAAGGAGUAUUUAUUUUUAAAAUUGUCUAAUUGGAUACUUUUCAGUGUUGAUUUCACAUUGUCUUGGUUUUGCAUUAAAAAAAAUGGCAUUAGAUUUGUAUAUGUAGAACAACCUGUGCAAUUUUCAUGAUCUAACUUCAGGAAAAUGUAGAUAUGGUUCCCUAGUGUUCAUGUGACCAUUACCAAGUGUCAGUUUUUAACUGAAUAAAUAUAACAUUUGAAAUUUC